AUGAAAUCUGUUGAUGAAGUCUCAUUAGUUCUUGACUUAUGUUGUUUUACACUUGGUAUUGACGAGAGUUUCCACGUUUUGCUCCAUGACUCAUUCAAGGAUAUGCUUGUUUCAUUUAAGAUCGACAUUAGCCUUCACAUGUAUGAAUUCCGCCAGUGCAUGUCCGAGAACUAUGGCACGAUCCAUCUUUGCAGUCAACAGAUCCUUGUCAAACAGAAAGCGAACGUUUCUAUUCAGACGGAGAAAACCAAUGCGGCGACGAAAACCACACAGGUCGUAAGAAGUAAUAAUAUAUUACUUUAUUAA